AAACUUGUACAUGUGUUUUCAAUCCAUAGCCUAACUCAAGGAUCGAUUCCUUACCUCAAUGGGUAACAUCCUCCAUCGUCCGCCACCAACACCACUCCAAGCUGUUCUUAUUAUCUGAGCCAGGCAGGCAUUGCAUACAGAGUAGUACGGAGUAUACAUACAAACACUACGAAGGGCAAUGUCCCCCGGUUCGGCUUGUCAACGAUGCAGGAAACGGCACAUCAAGUGCGAUGGAACACGACCUAGCUGCAAGCAGUGUGUGUCUGCCAAGCAUGAAUGUCCCGGAUACAACGACGAUUGGAAGUUUAUCAACAAUGGUGCCAAGCUGCCGCACAAACGGCAGAAGAGGCAGUCUUCUCGAUCAACCAAGGUACAGCCUACAAAUGCUUUCGCUAACACGACUGAAAAGAUCUCUACGAUACACGAAGAUUCUAGCAUAGAAUCUCGCCAGGCCAGCACAUCAUUAGCUAUCCAGAAGACAGAGUCUUUAGAAAUCUCUUCAUUGGACUUCCCCAAAGCCACUGACCCUGGAUUACAAAGCUUGGACUCAUCUAUUUCAUUACCGGUGGACUUUCACUUUGAUCUUGGUGGCAACAAUGUUAACAUCAAAGAAGCAAGCUUGGGCAAUCUACCUGCUCAAUUCAAAACCCCUGGACCGGCUCCAGAGACAUCACCGGGACUGAUAUCUUCCGCGUCAAAUAGCGAGUUUGAAAUGGGGCUUGCUGCCCUAGCCUCGGAGUUUAUGCUUGAGAGCGAACAAGAAAUCGUUUUCCUUCUUCGGCAUUAUGUUGACAACUUGGCCCCUUGGUUAGGCAUUUUCGACGAGAGAUGUUUCUUUCAGACUCGUAUCCCUCGCCUCGUUGAGACUAACCCUGUCUUAAAAUACGCAAUUUCUGCAGUUUCUGCCAAGCAUCUGAGUCAUGUCGGUGGCUUUCGGGCCACCAACUGCGGUUUAAGAAGCACCUUGGCCUUGACAGAAAUGUAUCCAAGCGCAGGCCAUGUCGACUGGGCUUUCAAAGCUGCCAACUACUAUCACCAGGCAGCUACAAGCUCUCAGCAGCAGUCACAACUUUACGAUACGAUUGGCAAUUAUCCGCCAGGAUUUCUAGAUGUGGCAACAGCAAGUAAUGCUAUCUUGACAAUUUAUGAAUUGAUUGAUUCGAACUACGACGAAUUCCGCACGCGGAUACACGAUGUAAAAAGUAAUCUGGCGAAAUACCCGAACGAUAUUUCUACUCCAAAAUCCUAUUUCCCGCCUUUUAAACAACUUGCGAAUCCCGCUGCUCUAGCCAGCUAUUGGCUCUGCAUGCCCCACGACCUCCUGAAUUCAUAUGAUCAAAAUCGCAUACCUAUACUUAACUUUGAAGCUUCUUAUGGCAAUUGCGAGAAUAAUGACGAUGCCUUGGGUGUUGGCGAAUCUAAGUCCAUGUCUAGGACACCUUGGGUGCAGUUAUUCUCAUUGAUGACAAGUAUUAUCGACCAGUUUACUGCCAUACCUAGCAGUGGUGGCCGCAUCAUGGAAAACCCUGAGCGCAAUAGCUGGUUCUAUCUUUGGGGUGCUUUAGAUGAUUGGCACGCUCAGUUGAGUGCCAAUUUUGAGCCAUAUUCUCAUUACACGCUUUCCAGUCACUUAACACUCCCACAAGGUCCUGAAGAGCCAGUUUUCGAUGAAAUCCUCUUUCCAACACAGGUAUCUGCGGCGACUCUUUCGUACUACCAUUUCGCCCGUGUCCUUUUGCUUCUUGCCAAGCCGAUCGAUCAAUCAAACCCCCUCACGCAGCUUAAAGACUAUCGAGAAAGACUGAUAGAUAUAAGAGAUAAUUGUGUAAAAAUAUGCGGGAUUGCAGCGGGUCGACCAGGUGGCGCUGCUCGCAUUCACUCGGUACAGCCGCUCGUCUUAGCAGGACAAUGCUUGGAAGAAGCACGAGAACGAAGAGCUGUAGUACAGCUAUUACAGGAUGUUGAGUCUGAUUCGGGGUGGCCAACCGCGGCCCAGGUCAGGAGGCUUCAGGAAGAAUGGUAUGGUACUAUUCCACAGAGCUAAAAGAAAAAAAGAGAAAAAGAGAAUGCAUGACGAGAUUCAAGGUGACAAAAUUGCUGGUAUGGUGCAGUAAAUUUACGACGCUUCCAUGUAGGUAGUAGCUUGGGGCUACAUUUGCCUUUGUUAAGCGUUGUCUUAUUGGAUACGGCAAAACAGCCCAUUAAUAUGAAGAGGGGUUCUUCGAUGUAACAGCACCUGUGUUUAAAAUACUAAAAAG